UUCUGGCAAGAUGGAAGCCACCAUGGACAGAAUUAUUUUACAAAGUGAUUGGGACCAUGUAUUAUGGGAAAACAGAGGUGAAGCAUGGGUGACUUACAAAGGUUCAAAUUCUCCUGGUGUCCAUGGGCAUAUAAAUACUGAGGGAAUAUCGAGAGAAGGACUUCCGUACAUGCUUGGUUCUAACGGGUUUUCUAUCGCAAGUGUUACUAAGAAGUCUAUCACAGUUGGAUAUAAUGGAGCACAGGGGACAUUAUCAAGAAAAUUUGUCGCACCACAGAAAAGGUUUUUGAAAAUACACCAGAAGGCAGUAGCUUGCCUGGAUGUGACGUCAGGUGGUUUGGGUGUAUCUUGUGAUACCGACCACAAACUACGGAUAUGGCAGACAAGUGAUGGUGAAGUCAGACGGGAACUGGCAGGGCAUGUUGCUGAUGUGUACACAUGUCGAUUUUUUCCAUCGGGCAUCGUGGUUCUUAGUGGUGGUGCCGACAUGCUGCUGAAAAUCUGGUCAGCAGAGACCGGCAAAUGUGCAGUAACGUUAACCGGUCAUACAUCAGGAAUUUUAGACACUGCUAUUGUUGAUAAAGGUCGUAAUGUUGUGUCAUGUGGCAAAGAUGGGACAGCUAAACUUUGGGAUGUUGGAAACCAGUCAUGUUUAACAACUUUUAAUGAGUGUAAUGGCAUUGUCAAUGCAUGUUCCUUGCACAUCACAGACAACUCUAUAGAUCUCGGUACACCAAAUAGUCCUUCUAAGCCCUUAUUUGUAGGUGAAAGGGAAGUGUCAACAGAAGGAACAAUGUUGCUGUUAGCUUGUGAAAAUUCAACUCUUCAAGGAUAUGGUCUUCGCUCUCGAACGAAGAUCUUUGAACUAGACUGUCAUGGCCCUGUAAACACAUGUGCUUUCUUGACGGAUGUCUCAGCAGUGUGCGGCACGCAAGAUGGGCACAUAACAAUUGUAGAUUUGAGAAAUGUUAGAGUUCCAGUCAAAGAAUGGAAGGAAUCAAGAUCAGCAGUUUUAUCUCUCUUGCCAUACAAACAGGGUUUCUUUGUCUCUACUGGUGAUGGUUCGUGUUUCUAUGUGGAUGAAAGACUCGAAUGUCUAGCCGAGCUGACCGGAUCAGACUGUGACCCAGUGUAUCGGACAGUUUGUGAUGGAACGCAUGUAUACACAGCAUGUAGAGAUGGUGCGAUCAGAAAAUACAAUUUGACCAACAUGUGACAGUGUGACUGGUGUCCUGAAAUAAGUCAAUACUUGGUUUUAAUCAGUGAAAUCUUCUUUCAAGUCUGUUAAUAACUUUAUGGUUUAUACUUUUUUAUACUUUUCAAAAGUGAAAGAGUAUGAUGGAGUACCUUGGUUGUUGUUUCAUGGAUGUUUUACCUACCAGUGACUGUUACAACCUGCUGUUAAAAAUCAUUUACUGUUAACACAGAUUUGAAACCAGUUUUCAACCAGUAAUGACUACUACAGUAACGACUACUACAGUAAGUUAAAAUCUGCUUUCUGCUAAGUGGCUGCUACAACAUAUUUGGAUGUUUUGAACUGGCAUCAUGGGAUUCCUGCAGGGAACAUAUUUUUCAUUAUUAUCCAUUUGGUUCAACAUAACCGAGUUAAUAAUGAUCAUACGAAGCACACGUGUAAUAACAAGUGUAAUGACAUAAUUUUGGGAAGCGACGUCAUAACAUGACAUUGCUU